AUGGAAUCGUUCAAAACGACUGGCUUUGCCUUCAUGACGAGUCAUCAACGUCACCUUGUCUAUGGCAAAGCGUCGCCCUACCAUGAUGAAGGGUUCUUACGCAGAACCAGAGGGUUACGCAAGGAUCAAAUGGAAAGGAAGCUCAUCAACAUAAUCCGUCUCCAAGCUAUUGGGAAAUCAGAUUACAAUCGACGAAUGAAGAUCGACCUCAUAAAUGCACCCACAGUAGGAGCGGUGUUUGUCAGUGAGUCUCAUUUCAAGUAA